CUGGGGCAGACAGCCCCCGAGAGGCAGCGCCGCUGGACUGGAGGAGGCUUCGGGAACGACUGCUGCGCCGGCUCCGCCAGAGAGGCGUGCCCAGCCCGGCCCCGGGGCCUGCCUUGCUGCGACUCGGGGGUCCCUCUCCUCACCCGGCCCCUGGGAAGACCGCCCGCUGCUCUCUCCCGGCCUCCCCGGGAGGUCCCAGAAACCCUCUGAGAGCAGCGGUUCUUCCCACAGAGAAGGGACCCCGGUCGCGUCUCCAUGCCGGCAUCUGCGGUGUUCAGAGUAGCCGGCGAGGCCGCUGCCAGUCCGAGCGGGAGGGAGAGGCCGGCCUCUCGGGCCCGGGGGAUCCUGGCUCGGCAGAGGGGAGCUUCACCUGUCCUGCCUCUGAGUGAGAACCUGCUGAAGGAAGGAAGGCGCCAGGCGAGGCCGAAGCAGGGCUGGGCCUGUGCUGGGCGCCGCUGGCCUUGGAGGUGUCGGUGGGCAAGGCGGCCACCAUCUUCACGCAGAAUGGCUCCGACGUGCUGCUGCCCUGCCACUUCACGGCCUGCAUCGGCUUCGAGAACGCCCAGUUCUCCUGGUGGUUCCAGUCGGCCCAGUGGUUCGAGUCGGACCAGCUGUACACGGGGACGGUGCGCAACAGGAACUCCCGGCCGUGACUCAGGGAAAUACACCUGCUUCGUCAAGAACCCCAAGGAGAAGGGGGCCGAGCACAACGCCACCAUCACCCUGGCCGUGGUAGUGGAGUUGGAGAAGGUGGACAAGACGCUGACCAAGAUCAUCGCAGCCGUGGUGGGCGGUGUCAUUGGGCUCCUGGUCCUCAUCCUGGUGGCCAAGAAACUCAUCCUGUUCGCUCUCAAGAAGAGGAAGGAGAAGACCAACGAGUGUCUUGUGAGCUCCUCAGGAAAUGACAACACUGAAAAUGGGCUGGCCGGUUCCAAAGCAGACCAGAAAUCUGCUCCCAAGGCCUGAAGCGGCUGUGGGAAGGCUGUCCCGGGAGGCUCCGGGAUCCAGGCCCAGCCGAGAAGAAGAGGAGAGGCCUAUGCAAACCCACAGUUUGAUGCUUGAGACACGACUAUAUAACACCGCUGCCUGCAACCAAUGCUGCUUUGCAGAGAUACCUGCACACCUUGGCUGGGCUGGCGGGCGCGGAGAUGCCCACUGCCUGGGGGUGGCAGGGAAGAGGCAUGGGCCUGGCCCCAUCGGGGUCCAGGAGGCAGAAGGGGAUGCGUGCUCAGGCAGGUCCUGAGCCACAGUGGUGCCAGGCUUGGGGGGGGGGACACCCACAGCCGGCUGUGGGCAGGUAGGUGGGCUGGGAGUUCUGUGCCAGGGACUCCUUUCAAGCACCACUCUCAGCCAACGGGCCUCAACAGAUAAAGCCUCUCUCUGGAGAAAGGGAGGGCCAGGCAGAAGGGGGGUGGGAAGGAGGGGCAGACAGGGGGUCCUGCCUGGGUGUGGGCCUGGUGGCCUUUCUCCAGGCACAGUUGCCAGACUUGACUUUGUGGCCUGCAUCCUGGUAUGAAAGAGCCCCCUCCCUCCCUCCCUGCUUCCCAUAAGGCCGGUGCUGGGCCUGGGAGCCUUGAGUUCCAUGACUGGGUGGUGGGGGCGGCCUUGGAGGGCUUGGCUGGGGAGGGGAACUGAGGCCUCUGGCAGCCAGCGGAGGGAACGGUCCUUCUCAGGAGUUUGCCCCCUGCCCCGCCUGCAGCGCUGGCCUUGGGGCCUUGGGGCCAUGCCACGGCCUCAACCAGAAAGCCACACUCGUGGCUUGGCACGUCCCUGCUGCCAGGCUGCCCAGCUGCACCCCCAUUCCAACUCCUGCAUGUGUUCUUCCUGGGCUCCCUCCCUGCUUGUGGAGGGGCCAGGACUCGACCAUCCUGACUUGCUUCUGCCUGGGCUGGGCUGGGCUGGGCUGGGCUGGCAGGAGAGGCCGGCCAGCAGCCUUUGUGAGGUCCCAGCCCUGAGCUGGCCUGGCCUCCUGCAGGUACAAGGCCAUGGCCAUAGCCCCCUUCUUGCCUGCCUAUCCUGCCGUGCGGGGCUGCCCGUGAGCAUGGCAUGUGGGGGCCUGGAGGCCUCAGAGCCCCUCCCUUUAGCUACCAGCCCUGAUGGGGCCCGAAUGAGACACCUGGCAGCACAGGUGCAUUUGUCAUGCUUGCAUGCUGAGCCCAUCUGAGUGUCCUGCGGGGGCAUUUCCAGAAUUAGGAUUUUGUGUUCUGUUUUUGAAGAUCAGGAAUGAGGAAAGACUGUAAGUUGGAGGAGUCCAGAAUUUGGCACGAGACAGAGAGGCUGGCCCGGGCCCUCCUCCUGGAGUUCUGGCUCAAGGUGGCAUAUCGGGCCAGUGCAUUCUCAGCUUUUUAACCAUGAGGGCUAGAUUUUUUUUAAAAAAGAAACCCGAUCCUUUGCUAAUCCCACUCAAAAAACCCAAGUCCACCAGACAUUGUUUUUCCGUGCUCCUCAGUCCUGUUGGGACGGAGCGCUUAGGUGGAAUUCUGGACGUCUCCCAGCUCCAGGAGUCAAAUGGGGAGGCCCCGUUUGACUCCUGUGAGAUUCCUGGCAAGAGUUUCACCCCCCACCCCCACCCCACCCCACCCCACCCCCUCCUUCCCUGUGCAUUUAAGUGCUGAAGGGCAGACCUUGCGUCUGCCUGUUUACCUGACCUGCUGGCUGCUCCACCUGUUGGGGGUCGGCAGUAGGAAAAGCAAUCGAUUUCUCAGGGCAGGAUUCUGCUGCCGCCCCCACCUGUCUUCUCAGGAGAAGGGAAGAUGUCGCCCGCGUAGCUUUCAAAAAGGCAAACCCUUCCCCUGUGCGUGCCUCAGUCUCCCCAACUGCAAACUGGGGGUUGUAAUCCUGACCUACCUCACAGGGAGUGUGAGGAGGCCCCGCUACUGAUGAUUGCCAAGGGCUCUAUUGGGGCGGGGGCGGGGGGGGCACUGCAUUUUAGCAGCAAUGGAUGGUCUUCUUGCGCUCCUUUGCCAGUUCAUUUUGUUUCUAGUUUUUGUAAUCCUGGCCUGUUGCUUGGUUAACCAGAUACCUCUCAUGCUAUUGGAGUGCAUAGUUUCAAACCAUGUAAGCUGCCUCGAUGAGGCUGGAAAUAAAGGAAAUAAACAAGACAGACA